AUGGACAUGAUUCGCUUUCUGCUAUACGAAUGCGCAAUUGGACAUAACCAACUGAAUUCCACAUUGAGAAGCUGUAAAGGAAGUGCUACUUUUCGACUACCUUUUAUAUGGCAAAUUAUAAGCACAGUGGAAAGAAAAAAAAAGAAUCUGUAUGAACAUAUGAGAAAAGAUUUUUUGCAAAUUUCCCUCGUGAAGAAUGGAUACCAGCUAAGUGUCCAUGUCAAAAAUAAAAUAAACCCGAUAAAUUUUUUCGGGAGCAUUUUCUCUGACGAUCAUGAUGGUAGCUUGGGCAAUGGCGACAGUAGGCAGGGUGUCGGAGGUGCUACUUUAAACGGUAAGGUAGAAACGUUGAGGAAGCAAAUUCGCCUGUACAAGGAAGCCAACAAAAUUGACCUACUAAAGAAAAACGAAUCUAAAAAAAGUAUUCUGUCGGAAGCCUUCAACGCCCCAGAGGAAAAUAUUUUGCACCUAGUUCUGAGUCACACCAUGUCGAGUGUGCUAGACGAGCAGGAUGGGCGCGCGGUGAAUGGCAUGUGCAGGGGCGUAGCCAAACGUGGGGACAGCAUACACAAUAGCCACAAGGACACAGCUUUCACGAAAAACCUAGAGGACGCAAAAAUAAUUCAGGAGUGCACCCAGCAGUUGCUCAUUAACGAAAAGGCAAAAGUAAAAAACAGGGAAAGCGAAAAAGAGGCUAUUAUACGGAUAAGAGAAAUUGGGCUAAACUAUUUUGGGAAUUCAUUUGAGGAUAGAAAAACAUCAGGAGAAGAGGUCCAUUCUCAUAAUGACAUCACCGGGAUUAACAUUUUGGAGUGCUGCCUCAUGAUAAGCAAAUGGUUCUCCGACUUGUGCCUCCAGAAUAGAACCCUCUUUAGCAACAAAAUGGAAUUAGAACUCGUCAUUAUUGAUGUCAACACAUUCACUCUAAAUAACAUUUCGCAUAAUGUCCUAUUAAACGAAGAACUCAUUGGCCACCUAGAUUCAGCAUGGAGGAGUAAAGUAAAAAUAUACAACAUCGAUUGGACCAAUGAAAAUACGAAACCACGUGAAAAUGAGAAAAUUGUCACAUAUUACUACAUUAUUGGGAAUGACUUAAUAUACGAUAAAAAAAUAUUACCGUCACUUAUUCAUUUAAUUAACAUAACUUUAAAAACAAAUGGCAUUUAUCUCUACGUGUGUAGAAAGAACAGGGAUGGGUCACAUGAAUUUUUUGAUCAACUGAAAAACGAAAGUUGCGACAUACAGCUGUUCACCCCCCGAGUCACUACUUUAUCAGCUCCUUCAUCGACUUAA